AACUCAACAUAUCAACAGAGUAUCAUCCGGCACAACCGGAAAGUCAAUAUCUCCAUCAUCCUAAGUACCACCCACCCCCGAUCUCCUUCCAACCUCUUAACUAUCAUAUCACACCUCAAGCACACCCGCACCCAAACAAACACCACAAAAUGGGCUCAUCAGACAUCCCACCCCCCUCAGCACCACCAUGGCUCGUCCCUGCAUCAACAGCCUGCCUCUCCCUCGGCAUAACAUUCUGGCUAAUCGCCUACAUCCUCAUGAUCCGCCGCUCACUAGCAACCCACGCGACGCCCGCACCGCUCGUCGCACUGGGUCUCAAUCUAGGAUGGGAGGUAGUCUACGCCUUUGGUGUGUGCGAAGCGCCCAUCGAGACAUACGGUUUCACCCUCUGGCUUCUUCUCGAUAUGGUUGUUCUCUACGCUACGCUCAAAACAGCCCCGAGGUCGUUUGCCUCAAGUCCGCUUAUAGCGAACAACAUCGCGCUGUUGCUGUUCCUCGUUUUUGUGGCGGGUGUCGUGGGUAAUGGGUUGUUUGUGUGGUGGUGGCUUAAGGAGCCGCAUAGAGGGUAUGGCAUCAAAUGGGGCAAGAAUUGGAAGGGUCUUGAGGCGAGAGAUACUACGGAGUUGGCAUAUUGGUCGGCUGGUGUGGCGCAGAUGAUAUUCAGUGUUUCGGCGUUGGCUAUGCUUCUUCAGAGAGGUCACUCUGGUGGACAGAGCUAUGGAAUCUGGUUCUGUCGCUUCGUUGGCACCGUCAUGGGUCUGCCCGUCUCUUGCGGUCUGAUGUGGUGGUACUGGCCCGAGGCUCAUGGCUUUGUUUUCCAUCCUCUUGGUGUCUUUAUCACUGGCACCUCAGUCAUUUGUGAUCUGGCGUACCCCUUUUUGUUGGCCUACGUUCGGACCAGAGAAAAGUUUUUGCCUGACGGAAGUCUGGUAGACGGAAGGCUCGAGACUGAAACCAAGAAGAAGCAGAAGUAAGAGGCGGGAUGACCGAUGAGUCGUUUGGUUGGACAACAACCUGAAAGCCUCACAAGCUAAUGGCUGGUGCAAUUUAAUUUGAUUAGUGAUACAUCCCGUCGCAGAGAUGGUAAGCCACCAGCUGAGGGGGCAACAAGACAGAAGUAAGUGAUGACAUGUCUGGUUUCAGAUGACUUCGUCGAAGUACCAUCGAGGAGUUCCUUGACAUCUUGUACAAUUAUGAUUUGCCCAUUAUACCAAGGAUUACUCGCAAUUAGCAAUGUUCAUCAUAAGCACGAUGUCAAUCCCUCGCUUUCAGCUCGCAUCGCGAUCAAGGACCUCCAAUCCACGCUACGAAGUACAUCUCACGCGCGAUAUCACUUGUGAUAGCCGCUCACAUUGCAACAUCAGAUCCGGGCGCCGGGAAUAUUUCCCCUUUUAUGAUCGAUUCAACAGGGUUAACAACCAAUAAGAGAAUGACGGAAACAUCUCUCAGCCGCUUUAGCUGAGAUCAUAUCGCGUUAAUUGAGCUUAGCUCUCCACAAGAUCUUAUUCUUCUCCUCCAGCCAUAGCGAUUAAACGCAAUGUGAUCUGCGCCCUAUGCAGCCUUCCCUUUAGCGUGACGGGGGUCGUGCCUGAAGGCCUGAAUCGUGGCUUUUUUUGAGAUGUGAUAGCUCCAACGAUGUAAGCCUCGUCCAACAACCAAGUCCUCCCUGGAAACACAAUGAGAAAUGAAAAAAAAGCAACUACUUGUUUGCUCAUCACCUGACCUCGAGACAAUGUGAAGCAUGGCUAUAUCUUUAGUUCGUUAUUCAAGAUCCACAUGUUACGCUGACAUUGAGAACGGGGCUGAGGUUGAGGUGAGCUGGAGCUGGGAUUGGAUGCAGAACCAACGGUUGUGUCGACCAACACACCAAUAGCAGAGCUGCAAGAGAAGCAAACUCGGUGGACACUUGUCUCGCGAUAACCAGUUUUGCACCAAAGAAAAUUCACCGAGUUUGCGAUACGCCAAUCGUAACGCAAUCCAGUAUAUUGGUAACGAAAGAGAGGUCGUCAAUAUUCAG